UGUAAAGCACUUUAUCUGGCCCUGGUGUAAAGGUAACGCCACCUCCGUGUGGGACCUCUGAUUGGCGGAGGGCGCCAGCUGCCUGCGAGUCCCCACUCCGGGCAUCAAACUCCUCCACUGUGCUCCAUUACCGCAUUUUCACACCGGCUGGGGUAAUUGCAACGUGCCACCGCUCAGUCAACCAUGGCGUCCGAUGAACCUCAAGCCAAGAGAGUCAAACUUUCCGAGGAGGAGGAGAAGACGAAGUCUCCAAGCAAAGAGACUUCUGCUGAACUAAGCUCUAAUUCCCUCUUUGGUAUGGGAAAUCCCUUGCUGGACAUCAGCGCUGUAGUGGACAAAGACUUCUUGGACAAGUACGCUCUGAAACCCAAUGACCAGAUUCUGGCAGAGGACAAACACAAAGCACUGUUUGAGGAGCUGGUGAAGAAGUUUAAAGUUGAGUACCAUGCCGGAGGAGCCACACAGAACUCUGUUAAGAUCGCUCAGUGGAUGAUCCAAGAACCUCACAAUGUGGGCACGUUCUUUGGCUGCAUUGGCAAAGACAAGUUUGGGGAGAUCCUGAAGCAGAAGGCCGAAGAGUCCCACAUCGACGCCCACUACUACGAGCAAGAUGAAGAGCCCACAGGGACGUGUGCAGCUUGCAUCACUGGAGACAACAGGUCUCUGGUCGCCAACCUGGCUGCUGCUAAUUGUUAUAAGAAAGACAAGCAUCUAGACUUGGAAGAAAACUGGAAGCUGGUGGAAAAAGCUAAAGUCUUCUAUAUUGCUGGUUUCUUCCUGACGGUCUCUGUGGAGUCCAUUCUGAAAGUGGCGAAGCACGCGUCCGAAAAUAACAAGCUGUUUUGCCUGAACCUCUCUGCGCCCUUCAUCUGCCAGUUCUUCAAGGACAAUCUCAUGCAGGUCAUGCCCUACGUUGACGUGCUGUUCGGCAACGAGACGGAGGCAGCUGCAUUUGCUAAAGAGCAAGACUUCGAGACCGAGGACAUUGAGGAAAUAGCCAAGAAAGCUCAGGCUUUACCAAAGGUCAACACAAAGAGACAGAGGGUCGUCGUGGUGACCCAGGGGAAGGGCGACACCGUCAUGGCCUCAAGUGACAAGGUCGAGACCUUCCCUGUGUUGAAGAUUGACCCCAAGAACAUUGUUGACACAAACGGUGCAGGUGAUGCGUUUGUCGGAGGUUUCCUUUCGGAGCUUGUCCAGGAGAAACCAUUGGAUCAGUGCGUGAAGGCUGCACACUACGCCGGUAACGUCAUCAUCAGAAGAGCAGGUUGCACCUUCCCAGAAAAACCGGACUUCAACUGAAAGUUUUUCAGAACGACGUUUCCUUCAGCCUGAAACCUCAUACUCAGCUUGCCGCACGCAACUCUGACCUACAAAUACUAACCUCAAUUCUUGUAGAGCCUUUUUUUUCUUUUUUUAAUCAGCCACCCGUCCAUGUUAUAUCAAUCAGUCCACACACAAUCUCUUUCUGAUUGAUGUUUUGACGCAUGUCUUUAUCCUCCGCUAGGGGCCACUAGAGGAUCAUGAACUAAUACAGGGAUUUUAACGGCCAUAGAAAAAUCAUGAUAACAACAUGGAAUGUGAAAAAAGUUUUCAUCUAAAUGAGAAAUCGUGUUUUCAUAGGUUUAUUUUUUUUUUUUACAAAUGUAUUUAGGCUCUAACACUGCCAGUGUUUGGCUGCACUGCCAUUACACUCUACUGCGAGUAAACUUGUCUUUUUUUUUUUCUCUUCGACUUUGAGGCAGAAUCAAAGCACAAGAGGCUAAUUUGACAGUGGUAGGACACACUGUACACAGGAAUAAAGAAUAACUCAAGUGAGGUUUUGGAUACUGCUUGGAAAUGGUGCAGUGGUUAUUUGUUUUAGACUUUUUUUUCUUAUUAAGAUUAAUUAUUUCUUAAUAUAAGUUUAGACUUGUUUUAAUUCAACAGGCCAGUUAUGAAACCAAAUGUUUUUGUUUUAAGCGCACACUUUUUAAAUGUGUCGAAGCGUCUGCCCACUACGUCCAUUCGAUCACUGUUAAACACCACCUGUACUGUGUUAUUUCCAGAAGUCAACAUCAGUAUUGUGGAGCUUUUUUGUUUUUGUGGCAAGAGCUCCUAAUGAUGAGUGCCUUUAUUUUUCUAUUCCAUCUCUGUAAAUGUUGCAAAAGUGGAAGUCUUGUAUGAGCUGAGGCUGACGGGUGAACCGGCAUUUGUCUGUGCCGGGGAAACUUGCAAGCUGGACCAGUAAUUGGAAAAAUGGACACAUGGUGUCAUCUCUAAAAUGCGGGUAUGGUAACUGUUGGAAAGAGGUCGUUAUGUUUGAAUAUUCUGUCAGAGGAAUACGUUGGGCAUUAAAAUGGACUUGUCCCGUUUAUUAUUCUCCUGUGUUUCUGGAUGCAUGUUGAUGUUUUGCAGUGUCGCAGGCUUCAGUACGUGACCCAGCUUUAGCAUUGUCCGCUUUGUUAAAUGAGAGCCACAUUGACAAUCAGUUGGAACUAAUGUGUAUUUUUCGUCCAUUACAUUGUAAAAAAAAAAAAAAUCUUAGUCUUUUGGAGCCCACUUUGUUCAAAUACACCAAAAAAAACACCUUAUGUGACCUUUUAGUUGUGAUAUAAAAAUAAUCAUGAGCACUAACCUGUCUCUGUUUGACCGUGAUGCCUGAAAUUUACAAAUAAAACUUGUAAGGUUGA